AUGUCCGCUCGUAUUUUAAGCCCGCGGCUCCUGCGACCGCGCCUGCGCAUCCAUGCACAUGCCCGCCUAGCGACUCUCUCAGCACAUACGAAGCUCCUCUCUACGCUCCCCAAUAUCCCAAUCUUCCGCGCCCUGCAAAAGCAUGAUCCCUCCAGCCUAGCGGUAGUACACAGUGCAUCAGACCGCAGCUUUACAUAUGGCAAUCUCAUCGCCGACGUCCUUCGCGCGAAAGAUGAUCUCGAGCGCAUAGCAUCGGGCAAGCUGUCUGGGGAGCGGGUUGCAUUUUUGGCGGAAAAUAGCUAUGACUACGUCGUAACUCUCUUGGCAAUUUUUGCCAGUGAUGCUAUUGCGCUGCCGUUGUCUCCAUCGUUUCCCGUUGGUGAAUUGCAGUACAUUAUGGAUAACUCGCAGGCAAAAGUGCUUCUUGCGACGGAGAAGUAUGCUGAUAAGGCGAGUCAGAUUCUAGGGGCUGGGCUUGAGCUAGAUCCAUCAUUUGAUAUCAGACGGAAGAUUGAGGUUGGUACGGAUGCCGAGUCUGUUCAACUGGAUAGUCGGGAACAGACCUCGUCCGGGAUGAUGCUUUAUACUUCGGGAACUACGAAUCGACCGCAGAAAGGUGUACUGAUCCCCGAGUCUGCUAUUAUUGCUCAAGCAUCAUCUCUUCUACAAGCGUGGAAGUACACACCACAAGACCGCCUACUACACUUGCUCCCACUCCACCACAUUCACGGCGUAGUAAAUGCAACCAUCACACCUAUAUUCUCCGGCUCGUCCAUCGAGUUCAUGUACCCCUUCAAUCCGGAACAAGUCUGGCGCCGCCUUGCCGCUCCAUUCCUCUCAUCUGAAGAGUGCAACAAACCAAAGAUUACCUUCCUAACCGCUGUCCCGACAAUAUACAAUCGCCUAAUGACAUCCUUCCAAUCCCUUCCCUCGGAAAUCCAAUGUGGAGCACAGAAGGGAAUACACCCAGACCACCUUCGUCUCAACAUCUCCGGUUCCGCAGCCCUACCAACACCCACCAAAGAAAAAUGGACUUCCCUAAGCGGCGGGAACGUCCUCCUCGAACGGUUCGGCAUGACGGAAGUCGGUAUGGCAAUUAGUUGUGGCCUCGACCCGGUAGACCGCGUUGACGGUAGUGUCGGAUGGCCACUGCCCGGCGUCGAAGCCCGUCUCGUCGAUACAGAGACGGACAAAGUUAUCCCAGUCGGCCAAGAAACAGAUGCCAACGGCCGGGCACUCGAAGGCGAGAUUCAAUUGCGGGGAGACACGAUUUUCCGCGAGUACUGGGGAAACGAGAAAGCUACGACGGAAAGCUUCGUCAAAGCAGAUGACAAUGGGAAACCUUGGUUCCGGACUGGGGAUGUUGCGACCAGACGGGUCGUCAAUGGAGUUGGAAAGGGAAGUAGUGGAGAGUGGGCGCAGGGACCUCUGUAUUUCAUCAGUGGACGGAAAAGUGUCGAUAUUAUCAAGACCGGAGGCGAGAAAGUGAGCGCUUUGGAGGUUGAGAGGGAGUUACUUUCUCUUCCCCAAGUUACCGAAGCAGCCGUCGUUGGUCUCCCAUCUGAACAAUGGGGUCAAAAGGUCGCCGUCGUGUUAGUGCUCAACGCUGACGCAGCGACAAGCGGACGAAAUGGCAAGUCGUGGGGUCCGAUGGAUAUGCGUCGUGCGUUAAAGGAUCGACUGGCAGCGUAUAAGAUCCCGCAGGAGAUGAAGAUUAUGGAGAGUAUACCCAGGAAUGCCAUGGGGAAGGUGAAUAAGAAGGCUCUUGUUAAAGAGGUGUUUGGGGUUUAG